UCGGGACAAGAAACCCUGGUCUGAAAGGUGAGGGGCUGGAUGGGGAAUAGGCGGGCCAGCCUGACCGAGGUUUGCAAAUCAUCCUUGAAAGACCUCGGGAGCCGGUCACCGGGAGCGUCUUCUCCCUUCCCGGCCCCGGGCCCCCCGGCCCCGCAAUAAGCAAGCGCCCCCUCUGCCAGUCCUCAUCCUCUGUGGACAAAAAGUGAAACAAGCCCUGUCUUUCACCUGCGAGUCCCAGCCCUCUCCAGAGGCUGGAACAGUCCGCAAUCCUUGAGUUCCGGCGCCGAGCCGAGACGGUCCCUGGCCUCUCCUGGGCUCAGUCGCCCCGUCGGCGUGCACAGAGGAGGCCGGCCCGGGGGCUCUCCAAGCACCCUCCCCGCUCUGACGUCCGGGGCUCCCGCCCGCCGCCACGGUUGCUCCUACCUGGGGAGGUGCGUCGGGGCCCAGGGGGCGGGCAGUUGGGGGGCGGGCGGGGAACGGGCGCCGCCCCAAGUUUCCUGCCCCCUUUAAGGAGAAGAAGCCGGUGGAGGGAGGAGCCGGUCCAGGUUUGUGCAAGGGAGAGCCUCGCCAGCGGUCUCGGCGGCAGAGGCCAGCCCUGCGGAGAGGGAGUCGCCGGCCGCCCCGCCUGCCCCGCGCCACGACCUCGAGGCCCGCGCCUCGCCCCUCGCCCUCCUCGCCAGCCGCAGCCUGGGGCGCAGCCUAGGCGACCCCCAUCAGUGCACACGCCGUAACUAAUUGCCCUUUCUUCUGGCCAUCGGCCCGAAGCACGACCUCGACGGCUAUCCUCAGAUCAGCGGGAAACCCAUCAGCUGCAGGCGUCCCAGCUUCAGGACCACUUCCAGACCCCUUGACGGCCUGCUACCAGCGCGCAAAGGACCCUUCAGCCCGCGACGGGGUCCUAGUCCCGGUCCCGACACCACUGAGGGCGCCUGGCCUCGAGCUCCAGAACACGAGCAGAGCCGUCGGUGGGCGGGACACUCCAGAGCCUCCGUCCCCACCGAGCCAGCCCGGAAACCGCGGGUGCCCAGCCUCCAGCGCGCCCCUGCCGGGGAAGCUGUGCUCCAGGUGCCAGCCCGCGAGGACCCUCGGAGCUCUCCGCAGAGGGGCCCAGCGUCCGUUCCGGAGCCCCAGCGCGCCGAGCCUCGCAGUUCUCAGACCCGCCUCGAUCCUCGAUUGAAGCGGGCGGCGGGGACGCGGGACGGCUGCACCAUGACUGCCGAAAGCGGGCCGCCGCCGCCGCCUCCGCCACCGGAAGCCCUGGCGGCAGUAAAGGAGGAACGCGGUGAGGCCGGGGCGGGGGUCCCGGCGGAGGCGGCGGGCCGCGGCGCGGGUGGGCGGCGGCGCAAGCGCCCCCUGCAGCGCGGGAAGCCGCCCUACAGCUACAUCGCGCUCAUCGCCAUGGCCAUCGCGCACGCGCCGGAGCGCCGCCUCACGCUCGGCGGCAUCUACAAGUUCAUCACCGAGCGUUUCCCCUUCUACCGCGACAACCCCAAAAAGUGGCAGAACAGCAUCCGCCACAACCUCACGCUCAAUGACUGCUUCCUCAAGAUCCCGCGCGAGGCCGGUCGCCCGGGCAAAGGCAACUACUGGGCUCUCGACCCCAACGCCGAGGACAUGUUCGAGAGCGGCAGCUUCCUGCGCCGCCGCAAGCGCUUCAAGCGCUCGGACCUCUCCACGUACCCAGCCUACAUGCACGACGCCGCCGCCGCCGCUGCCGCCGCCGCCGCGGCCGCGGCCGCCGCCAUCUUCCCGGGCGCGGUGCCCGCUGCGCGCCCGCCUUACCCGGGUGCCGUCUACGCGGGCUAUGCCCCGCCGUCGCUCGCCGCGCCGCCCCCGGUCUACUACCCCGCUGCGUCGCCCGGCCCGUGCCGAGUCUUCGGCCUCGUGCCCGAGCGGCCGCUCAGCCCAGAGCUGGGCCCCGCGCCGUCGGGACCCGCGGGCUCCUGCGCCUUUGCCUCCGCCAGCGCCUCGGCCGCGACCGCCAGCUACCAGCCCGCGGGCUGCACGGGAGCCCGACCUGCCAACCCCUCCGCCUAUGCGGCCGCCUACGCGGGCCAGGACGGCUCAUACCCGCAAGGGGCCAGCAGUGCCCUCUUCGCGGCCGCUGGCCGGUUGGCGGGGCCCGCAUCGCCCCCCUCAGGUGGCAGCGGCGGCGGCGUCGAGACCGCAGUGGACUUCUAUGGGCGCACGUCGCCCGGCCAGUUCGGAGCGCUGGGGCCCUGCUACAAUCCCGGUGGGCAGCUCGGAGGGAGCAGUGCAGGUGCCUACCAUGCUCGCCAUGUGGCCGCCUAUCCCGGCGGGGUAGAUCGUUUCGUGUCUGCCAUGUGAGCCGAGCAUACGGUCGGAAAUUCAUAGAUGCCUCGGCGGUUUACACGAACGAAGUAUCCUGGAGACCUGAGGACAGGACUGGAGAGAGGGCCGAACUGAGAACCACAAAGAAGGGACCGUGGGAAGGAGACGCGCAACCUCCGAGUGCAUCGCGUACACACCUGGUUUACUUUGUUAAUAGGAGGAAGUGGGGAAAGGCACCCCCAGCCCACCGACUGGGGGAAAAGUGCCCUCAGUCAGGUGAAGCGCCAAAGGACUCGCCUUUCAGGUGGCGCAGCAUAGUGUCUACACCAGACGCUAGGAUCCGAAUUGUGGGGAGUCACGAUUUCACUCUUCCCUGUAUUGUGCGAAACUCGGGCCUUUUACACGGGUUUGGCCUCUUGUGCCUUUGACUAUGUUGCCGCAAUAAAAGGCUCCAAUAGCGUCUUCCUUCUUAAGGUGAGGAAGACAAGUUUGCAAAAGAAGUAGCUUUUUGUUUUGUUUUCUUUUCUUUUUUUUUUUAAUUGGGGAAAUCGCUCUGCUUCACUUGGCCUGACGGUGGUUUUCCCUGCCUCUGAGAAUGGCAGCUCCGGCUGAGUCUGGACUGUGCCUCAGUUCCCCAGUGUGACACAGUCGCAUCACCUACAUCCUCAGUCUCCCCAUUCGUUAUGCAGGAGGGCUGCGGGGUUCAUGUGACCUUUCAGGGCCCCAUCCUCCUGGAUGCGGCCCUGCAUAUUGGCAGCAUCCGUAGGCCAACGAGGGCCUAAACUAACCCCAUUCCAGGGAAUCAGAGCGGCGCUCACGGCAAGCAUCCAUUCUAAAGUCCCUGGAUUGGCUCCAGGCGUUGAUUGUAUGAAAAUUUCUUGAAUCUUUUUGAGCAUGAUGGCUGAUCACUUGGCAGCUGUUUCAUCUGGGUCCUAAGUGUAUUUUCCCAGCGAGGCAGAUAGAAAUACACAUGUCCAUGGUCCACUCUUUCUUUUCAUCAAGCAGCCCUGGACCCGGUGGCUAAACUGAAUGAAGUUCAGAGAUGACAGGGAUUCGGGGGAGAGCCUACUGGUGACAGCUUUCAGCCUGUGGGGUCCACGCUUCCAUCCCUGGCGCUCUCUGCCAUCCCUCAGCAGGCUUCCCACGCGAAAACGAAAGUGAAAAAUUAAUUGGGGUGGUCAGUGAAGUAAGCUUAGAAAGAAACUGGAUUUUAAAUUUUGUUUUGUAUAUGUUUAUUUGUUUUAUGCAAAAAGCUAACCAAACUCAGAAAACCCAACAACUCCCUCCCCACCCCCCACACACACUUUCUCUUAAGAAAUCUUAUAAGUUUCUAUUCUGGAGCAAAAAUAUCCAGUGUUACAUAUUUCAGAGGCUUGGGCGCCGCUUUCAGAUAAACCUGAGUGUUCAAAUGAACUGUUUUAAUAAAAAAAAGUCUUUGAGCAAUGAGCUCUGGCAGGAGAAACUCAGCUUCUUGGUGCAUAGGUACCUUGCUAGGGAAGAGUGGAGGAUGUGUGAGAAAGAAGACAGAAAACACUGGUGCUUUUUCCUUUUCAGGUUGGGGAUUGCCCUGUCCCGUUCACAGCCGUGCGGAUGUGGUUCAGUCCAGGCGGGUACUUGUCUAGUUCAGUGUCGUCCAAUAGGGAUACAGAUACGUGUGUAAUUUAAGUUUUUCUAGUAGCCACAUCAAUAAAAUAAAAAAGGGACAAGUAAGAUUAACUAGUAAUAUUUUGUAUUUGACCCAAAAUACCUAAACUAUUGUUUCAACAAAUAAUCAACAUAAAAAUUGUUAAGAUGUUCUAGUGUUUUCAUGCCAAGUCUCCCAGAUCUGGAGGGUGUUAUACACUUACCAGUCAUCUAAAUGUGGACUAGCCACACGCCAAGUGCUGGGCAGCAGUGAGUGGCCGAUGACGACUGUGCUGGACAGUCGUACAGGCCUAUGGGCCGGUCCUUCCUGAAUGGGUGGUGGGGAACGGCCACCUGGAGGUGGAAGGCAGCUGCAGAACUGACCCUGCUCCCGUGGGCCCGGGUUCCAGCCCUAGCCUCCUGACCUUGGAAAAGUGACGAGUUGGGCGUCAUCUCCAUAUGGGCCCUUGCUGAUGUGAUAUUCAAAGGUACUCCACGCACAGCUACAGAGUCUGGCUCUCCUAGGCAGAAGUCACGGUGGCUUACCUAGUUAGCAGUAGCGGGGAAUUGAAAGCCCUCUACCCAGGGAUUUUGUCCCUGGCUGACAACAGCCUAGUCAGGGCAUUGGGGCUGGAAAAUGAUGGUCCGUGCGUUCUGUUAGUACAGGAAUGUAAACUUUCUCUGUUUUUCAAUGACCAAGUUGAGUGUUUUGACAGCGCCAUUAACCUUAAGCCGGUCCCUUCUCCUUCAGCGUCCUCAUUUGUGAAUGGGAAUGUGUAACCCCCUGCCUUACAGGGUCCUCCCACAGUUAAACAAGACAAGAGGGGGAAACCUCUCUGUAACCUGUAAAGCGCAGGGCCUAGGAGUCAGGAAAGGCUUCAAAAUUAAAAAGCGCCGCCUUAUCCCCAAGCCUUUUGGAGCAUCACCAUAAGGUUCCGGGAGCGAGAAAGAUGGGGUGGGAAAGUGAGCCGGUCUUUGCCCCCAGGGUCCUUGGCAAGUAGGACGACAGGUGAAAUAAUGCCCAAAGCAGGGUCUGCGCCCAGAAAAAGAGGACGCGGCUAGGAGGGAACUGGGUGUACACAGGCUGGCUGGGGACCGGCGAGGGUUGGGGUCAAGGUGUCAGCCCUCUCGGCCUCCGUCCUCUCGGCCUCCCGUCGCGCCGGCCAGAGACACCCAAACUCCUGCGCCCCCAGGGCCGGGCUGAAACGGA